GGGGCAAAACACACACACUCGUCAUUUAAACCCAAGCGGGAAAGCAGAAUGAACAUUGGGCUUUCGUGAAAUCUCCAGUGAAGGUCCACGUCCCGUUUGUAUUUUAUUGGUGAAAAUUAGGACAACAUGGUGAGGACGAAGGCAGACAGUGUCCCCGGAAGUUACAGAAAAGCUGUGGCUGCAUCUGCACCCAGGAAGUCAUUGGGUGCCUCGAGUUCUGCUAAUGCAUUAAGCAGCUCUCAAGCAGGCACACUUGCAAAGAGUAAAUUUGCUGGUGGUAAUCCUGUGUGUCCUCGGCCCACCCCAACUUGGCAGAAGGGAAUUGGAGAUUUCUUUGGUGGGCCCAGCACGAAGCCUGACAAAGAGAACCACCUCCCCCAGUCAGAUGAUGAAGAGGCCGGAGUCAGUGGAGUGUCCAAGUCAUCCAGGACUUCCAGACCACUGCCUGCUGAGGGUGAAUGAGCUUAGACAAUGGUGCCCCACUUGAAAAGCCAUUGCCUCUAAUACUUGAAUGGCUCCCUUCAACAGACUAAACUAUGGGUGACACGGCUUUCAGUUGAAUGGCUCCUCUGCUGUGGAGCGCACUUCCAGGCCUGCAGAGACUAUGGCCUCGUAAGGCACAGCUACAGGCUGCUGUUCAGAAAAGUAUAAGGAUAUGUUAAUUCUGUUCUGUUCAUUGGCUCUGACACCUGAAUAUAACCUUGAUGUCUGCAUACUAUGUUCUGUGUUGGAUUGUUUUAAUUUUCUUUGGUGCCUUGGGUGAGAAAAGCACUUUAUAUUAAAUUAUUCUAUUCCCGCUUCCAAAA